AUGCCUCGUCGACCGAUCAAAGGAGCCAGGGCCAGGGGUAUUGCCUCUCCUACGCCCAUUUCGUCAACUCUGACUACCCCGAUCAGCUCUACGUUCACCUCGGCAUAUACUACCGAAGCCGAACUCGACCCCGAUGACCCCAACAACCUUCCCAUCGGUGCUCUGACCCUCGACAUCCCUAUCGCCAACAGGAAACCGAAGAAGGAGGAGGUCAAGACGUUCCGCUUCAUGGACUUGCCCUCUGAGCUGCGAAUCAAAAUAUACGAUUACCAUUUCGCCGAUAUUGGCCCUGUCGUCGACCUCGAGCCAGGCAAUUACUUCACCAUCCACAAGAAGCUGUCCGUCCUGCGGGUCUGCCGUCAGUUCUACCGCGAGGCUUCCCACCUCUUCUACAGCUCAAAGACAUUCCGAGUUUUCCCAAUCGACGGCCGUUACUCGAGGAAGAAGCUGGGGCUGCUCGCCCGUCUCAAGCCCCAGUCCCGCGCCCACCUCACAUCCCUGGAGCUGCGAUUGGGACCAGGCUUCAACAAGCCCUACCGAAGCUGGGCGAUCAACGACCUGCUAGGUCUGCAGGACUGUGUGAACGUCAGACGCCUCUCAGUGUACGUGGAGAUUGACCCCAGCGAUGGCAUCUUCAACGGAUGGCGCAGGUCCACCGGUUUCUACGAGACGUUCUCACAGAACUUGCUGGAAGGCCUGCUUCAAGGCCUGGCAAGCGUUGAGACGGUGCAAUUCGAUGGCAACCCCGCGGUGAAGAGAGCGGGCGACAUGAUGCAGGGCUUACUUGAGGUAGUGGCUGAAAGCGAGCGGGAGAUCACUUGGGGCCCGGAGAGGGGCUGGACGGAUAAUGAGGACGAUGAGAUUGACCACGAGCCGCCUAUGGGACCGACCGCUGCUAUUGAUUGGAGCCUGCCUCCGCAUGCUGUUAUGGCCGCUUUGGCACAGGAGGUUCUUGCAUAA